UUUGCUUGCAUCUCAAAAUGUCUAGUAUAAGUAUUGGAAUGACAGAGCCAUAUGCUUUCAUGUAGUGGUAAGUGGAAUAAUUCAGACAAGACGUGGAGGGCCAAGGAGAAAAUUAGAGACCAAAAAUGGCACAAGAUGAAGUCAGAAAGGGUCCAUGGACAGAGCAUGAAGAUGUUCAGCUGGCUUUCUAUGUAAACUUGUUUGGUGAUCGUCGUUGGGAUUUCAUAGCAAAAGUUUCAGGUUUGAAAAGAACAGGUAAAAGUUGCAGGUUGAGGUGGGUUAAUUAUCUCCAUCCUGGCCUUAAGCGAGGAAAGAUGACACCCCAAGAAGAACGUCUCGUGGUUGAACUUCAAUCCAAAUGGGGAAACAGAUGGUCAAGAAUUGCUCGUAAAUUACCUGGAAGAACUGACAAUGAAAUAAAGAAUUACUGGAGAACUUACAUGAGGAAAGAAGCUCAAGAGAAGAAAAAGUCCAUGCCCUCAUCUCCAUCACACUCUAAUUGCUCCUCAUCAAUAUCCUCAUCAAGUCUGGAUCCAGCAGCGGAUUCAAAGCCAAUACCAAACACCAUGGAGAGAAACUUCUUCGAUACUGGAGGCCUUGAUGAAGGGUAUUCCAUGGAUGAAAUAUGGAAUGACAUUGAUCUGUCUCCAGAAGAGAAUGUAAAGCCAGUUUAUGGGGGAUUUAACGACGAAAUCUUGGCUUCUCCAAUAUGGGAUUACUGUCCAGACUCAUUGUGGUCAACGGAUCAAGAAGAUAGCAAGACAAUUCUUCCUACAAGUGAACCAUAUCAUUCCUGGUUUGGACAAGGUAGCGCGUUUUUUACUGAGCAUCUGUAAGUGGUUUAAUUCAUUAGUUUAGUACACUUAUGUAGCUGUAAUAAAAGUGGCAUGACUACUCAGAUUGUAAAUAGGCAGGGGUUUGAGUGUCCUGAUCUGUGUUGGUUAGUACUGUAAUCAUGUAGCUGAUGCGCAGUUUUACUAGUUCGUCUCGUGGUUAGCUUUUGUUCAGAGUAGGAACUCAAGGAAGAUAUUACUGAAGCUCUGAUCAUGAAGAACAUAUAUCUUCGGAGAUGUAUCAUAUUUAUGUAUUAUCAAGAGCUUGAAGUUUUAUUUUGUAGCAA